UUGAUGAUUGCGAUUCAAGCAGAACCCAAGUAAUGCUAGCAUGCAGUGUUCUUACAAUAGAUUUACCUGUAUACAGGUGAAUAAUAAUCUCGUCAGUUUACCUGUUGAUAUAUAAGUGUUUGUGGAGCUACAUGUACAUGCAAUCACGUGUGACCCAGGUGAAUUCUCAGAAGGAGAUGGUCGUCUGGGGUUAGUGGUGAUUUACCUCCCUUGUUACUAGUGUUGAGGACUAAGCCUUCCAGAUGGCACUGCUAGGCUACAGUGAUGACUUUGAUCUGGAUGAUGAUGGGAUCUUACAAGAGACAGGAGGAUCAUCUGGCCUCUUUCUGGAUGAAGAUGGCAUCAUAAGAGAUGACACUGAACUCUACAACCAAGUCACCCAGUGGACAGAUUCAGGACUAGGGGGAGAUAAGCGCUCCAGUACUUCAACGCUCAAACACUUUGAUUUCCCGGCCAGCUUCGAGGAAGACCCUCAUCCAUUGGAUGAGAGAAGUUUGAACAUCAGCGAACUGGAAGCGUCAAGAGAUUUCACCUUUGAUGCUUCGUACGCCAGCGUCGACGAUCAGGAUUUCAACGGGCUCAGAAAUUCUGAUGGUUUUAAUCAGACUUUGCGUUUUCAAGACACAGACGACCUUCAGACAACUGGCUCUGAUCAUGUGGAUCUCUUUAACGAGGAAUAUUAUCAGCAGCUGAAGGAUCUGGGAGUUUUAGUAGAUGGAGCAGAACUUUCGUUACAGCGGCAGUCGUUGGUGGAGUUCGAAAGCUUGGAGGCAGAGUUAAAAGCUGCAGGUCAGCCCGAAGUAGAAGUGGAUCCCCUCGCUCAGUAUUUUACACGGACAGAACCGAACGACUCGUACCUUACAGGGCAGAGUUUCCAACUAAAUUCUGAGCACUUUUUGUCGCAGGAAGAUUUGGAUCCUGGAAAGAAGACUUUGUACGAAAGAGAGAAGAGUGGUGACGAAGAUAAUCUUGAUACAAGUCGUCCAGCAUCAAGAGCGCGGUCGGACAGAACAGAUCGAACUGUUAGCAGUCGCAGUUUCCCAGAAGUAUCGCCCGAGGAGGCGCUCGAUCUGUACAAUGCAUCUCGUCAAGACAGGAUCAAGUCUCCUAGCAAAGAUGCGCAGGACAUUCCAUUGGUUGACAAUGAUGCAGAGAGUAUAGAGUUUGACGACUCGCAGAAGGACGAGGUCAAAGGGCUUUUCAAUGCGGCGGAAAUUGCAAGGCCUUCAACUCCGUCAAAAAUCCCACUCCUCUCUAACAGGACUGUGUGUAUGUCACCACCAGUGGUGCGAAACAGGCAAAAAGAAAAACUGUCCAGUUAUGCUUCAGAUCACUGUGCUUCACCUGUAAACAAGGAGAGAUCCUCGAAGAAGGGCAAAAAACAACAGCGAGAGCAAAGGGCAAUAACUCCUACUUCUGUAAAAAGUGAUAGACAACGUAGUAAUCGUCGACCGGGAUCUGAUAGUCCUUCUGAACGCCGUCCUCGAAGGCGACAUGAUUCUAGUGGAAGUCAGCUCUCUGUGGCAUCCGAUAUUGUAUCACAGUCUCCAGUAAAUUCACAGAAGCAUCGUCCGAACUCCCAGAAAUCUUUGGGAAAGGCUCGCUCACAGGAGAGCUUUUUCGAUCAGUCAGGAAGUGAAAAGGGUGAAAAGCAGCCAAAACGGAUAUUACCCAAACCAAAUAUGACUGCUGACCAAAACUUCAAGCUUAAAAGCAAAAGCACCACAAACAUUUCAUCGAAACCAGGUCCUGUGAAACCAACUCACAUGUCAUUGGCUGAAAUUACCAGCUUAACAAUUGAUGACUCGGAAGAUGUCCAGAGUGAGGCUCAGAGCGUGACAUCAGAGAGGUCAAAGGGCGAACUCAAGGCUAAGCUGAACCAGGAGUCGUCCCAGCGUAAACAAGCCACAGAACUUGUACACCAGUUACAGAAGGACUACGACAGCCUCUUGUCUAAAUAUGCGUUGGCCGAAUUGACAAUCGACCAGCUACGGCUGGGAGCAAAGAUCACGCUUUACUCCGAUUCUCCAACACCCAGUCAGGCAUAUUCUGGUACAUUGGUUUCGGCUCAACAACCAUUGGUUACUAAUAUGUUGGCUAGCAGCCGUGGCCUGAUGACGUCCUCACCAGCUCCAGGAAAGUCAGGUCAUUUCAGUCCACUCCCUGGACAAGAUGGUUUAGACAUCAAGGAUGUCAAGUUCCAGACCAGUGGAAUCCAGACGUCUAAUUUGAGAUCUAGCCUUCCUGUUGAUAAGCAAGAAGUAGGGUCUGCUAGCAAAGCGAACGAUGGACCUCCCUCCUUGCUAGCCUCAUCAGGAGUGGAGCAAAUCACAGCCACAUUGGCCAUACAGACCAGAUCAUUGGAUGAAAGGGCUGAAUCUUUCAAGGCAUUGCUGGAGGAAAAUCAUCUCUCUGUCGAACAGCAGGAAAAAGUGUUUGAAAAGCUGCGCGCUGAUCACGACAAAUUGCGUAGGGACUACUUACAGGCCAAGGAAGAUUACGAUGUCUUGCGUAGAACCCAAGGUGCCGAUGGAGAUUUUGAUGAAAGCAAGGAACUUGAAGGAGAACUCUUCCGUCUUGGCAUGAAAUUCGAUGACAUUCACGAAAAAGUUGAAAGCAAUGUGAAACUAAAAUCUUCGCAGCGUCUACCGUUCCAGAACAGCAGAUCAAGGGCAGCGACUCCAGAUAGCCUUGGCAACAGAUCCAUCGACCAAUUAAAACCCCAGUUCAGUGAUCCCAAUGCUGGGUACAAUCUAGUAAAGCCGAUCCCCAAUCGUGUUUUUGAUGAUAAGUUACAAAGACUCCAUGAGGACUACAACAACUUGAUGCAGCUUUAUCGCAGAGUGAAACAGAGAGGUCAAAGUGCAAACAGAGAGCAGGAGAUUGACAAUCUUGUACAGAAAUUAUGGGAUAUAUGUGAAGAAGCUCCGGAUGUCUUCAAGCUACCUGAAGAACUUCAGGACAGGUUGGAUGAAAUGAACCAAAGCAAAUCUGACCCCCAGUUGUCUCCCCUGAUGUCCCCUUCUCCUGGCAGUCGGCAGCUGUCAGAUUCAUCCGAGUCUCUCAACCAAUCAUUUAAGGGGAGAGAAUCACCUGGAUCACUGAGACUGUCUCAAUUGGAGGCCACACCAAAGAGAGGAAUUUCCAGUACUGACAGACGAAGGCUUGAGGAUAUACGAGUCGGGCGGUUUUCACCAAAAAUCCAGGAGAGAGGAGCUAAUUCUGCCAACAUACGCCCUCUCAGUGGUAGAGCAUCUCCGAUGAACCCAAGGCAGGGACAGCGAGGAGGGAGAGGGGAGAACUUUUCUCCCUUGGAUCGGAACUCUCCAAUGUCCAACUCGAGAGAUUUCAAUGGAGAUGGCUUGAAAAAGAAUUACCAGGGCGGAAGUCAGACGAGCCUCCCGGACAGUGGUAUAUCCGAACAGUCACAGGGGAAUGGAACACUAGGGUCAACCAGACAAAAACUACCUCCUCGCAAGCGAGAGUUUGACACAGACAGUGGUAUCGUGGGAUCUGUGGCCAGCGUUGGGACAGCCAGACCGCAGAAUGUUCUUCUUAGACACCGAGGCAGUCUGGAUGAGGAUAGACUACAGGAAGUGGAGGAGGGGGCUGUUGGUGGCCGCGACUCUCCAGGCAUUGGUGCUUUUCCUGUCAGUGACCGUUCCAAACAGAACAGAACACAGGCAGAUCAGACAUCAGUGACAGGAGAUCUCACCGAGAGUGAUAUUAGUGAUUUUGACCUCCAAGGAAGAAGAGCUCCACAGGAUAGAAGAUCCCAAGAUGAAUCAUGGGAUCAGUCAAGUUUGGAUGAUGACAGAUAUGAUCCACAUGGUACCCAAACCGGUCAGCAAGCAAGACAGCUGUCAUCUGAGAAGAAAACUGUCAACAAUCCAUCUUCUCGCCAGCAAUCCAAAACAGAGCUCCAAACACCAAAGAAAAAAACCAAACCCCAAGUUUAUUACAGCGAGGAUUCAGAGUCUGAAGAAGAAGAAGAAUUUAAACUGUUACCUCAAGGUUCAAGGUCAUUGGCUGGGCAGCAAUCUAGGUCAGGGUCGGUGUCCAGUGAUAGGCCAAGGUCACAGCAAGGUUAUUACGUGAAACAGAGGAGAGAGUCAGGCUCCGAAUCAAGUGAACGGCCAAGGUCACAGCAAGGUCGUUAUCCUAAGCAGAGGACUGAGUCAGGAUCAGUAUCGAGUGACAGGUCAAGGUUACAUGAGAAACCUAGGCCCGUUUCAGCCAAUGAAAUGUCAAGGACUGCUGAGAGACUAGGGUCUGGCUCUCGGCGUGGAUCACGUGACUCACAUUCUGACUCUUUGGAAAGGUCACAGGGUAGGGCUAACCAUUUCCAGAGGUCACGGCCUCGUUCUGGCUCAGGUGAUAAAGUGACAGGUAGAAAGUAUGCUACAGACAAACGUUUAAGGGAUGGAUCCACUGGCAGCCAGCAAGAACACAAUUCUACAUUUUCAGUGGAUGACGAAUCAGAAGGAAGCAUUCAGUCUGCAAGAGGUCACCAGAGGUCAAGGUCAAAGGAAAGUAGCACAAACUCAUUUAAAACUGACAGUGUCAAAGGUCAUGGAUCAGAAAGCAGUCCCAAGGUUUAUAGUAACAGCUCGAGACUAAAGGCUUUACAGAAAGAAAUUGAACGACUGAAAGACGAUGUGAAAAAAGUUAAUGACGGCGACAAGCCUGAAGCUUCCAAUGUAUCCCAGAAACCUCAGCUCCGGUACAACCCGGAUAACCCGUUUGGGUUUAUGGAGGGUCAGGAAACGACAUAUCCACGCCGACGAGCCAACUCUUUCUCAGGAAGUCCUGCAAGACAGUAUGAUGAUUGGCUAAUGUUUCAGCCAUCGCUACCACAACAAUGCUUUGAUCAACAACAACAUCAGCAGCAAUCUGUUUCCAGGAGAAAUGGAGACGAUUUAGAUGGCGUACAACAAAACAGCAGAAGAUCACGUAACGCCACCAAACAAUAUCGGCGGCCGUUUUCAGCAAACCUAGCAGAAUCUAGCGAGAGAAACUUUGUGCAGUCACAUGACGGUGAUGAUGAUGAUGAGGAUUAUGUGCAAAAUCAUCCUCUCGGAAUUUACCGUCGCUAUGGAAACAGAACACGGCGCUACAGUGAGGAUCCUUCUGAUCGCCAGAGAUGGGCCAGUAGGGCAUACCGCUCCGCACGAAAUGGAGGUAGGGCUUAUCCUCUGAGCUCUGAGGAAUCAAGCCAACCAUAUUCAGACGCUGUCGCCAUGGACACCACUGCUCCGCCCCAAUAUCUCAUUCCAUCUGGUUACGUGUAUUAUUCCAGCGGAGUUGAACCAGAGAAUGUUCAGUACGUGGCUCAGCCUAUGCUAUCAUCAAGUCCAAUAAGAGGACGGUCUCCUUCCAGAGUCGGACCUAUGGUGGUGGAACAGGGAUUCUCAAAUACUGGGAUGGAUCCACAGGUGCCUAUGUACACUAUGCAGCCUGCGGUAUGCCCCCAUUGUGGGAGAACAUCCUAUCAUACCCAUGGUGCAUUUGUGUUUCCUGCACAACAGGAUGAGGAAAUGGUUACAUCUGGUGCUGAUGUCCUUCAGCUGAGGCGCGGUAGACGACGCUCCAAAAGUCACCAGCGCUCACGCUCUCUCUCCAGACAGCGUUACUACUCGCCAGACCGCAGUCCUCACAGACAGCGAUACUUUGUCAGAGAAUUCAGCAGGAACCAAUCAGAUACUGAAUCUGAGGAUGAAAGGCCGCGACCCAGAUACAGAGCAAGGUCUAGAAGUGUGUCAAGGUCACGGAGCUUGUCAAGGUCAAAAGGCCAUCAAUCUCGUCGGUACCGAAGGUCAAGGUCAGGCUCUGUUGUCCGGCCAGAAGAUACUGACAGUGACUCGACACUUUCAGGGGGUUCUGGGCCCCGUCUGGAUGACUCUCUACACUUGGCCUCCAGGACUGCGCGUGAUAUAGAUAACCUGACCCGCAAGAUGAUGUCAGCCGUGGAAGGGGAGAUAAUCAGACAUUCACGCUCUCGUGAGAGACGCUACAGAAAACCAGUGUGGUGAUGUUGAAUGAGUGUUCGGCAGAGGUCCUUUAAGAUUUUCCAGUCAUAUCCUGUGAUACAGUUUUAUCAGUUGGCUUGAUUUAAGUCAUCUCAGUCCAUUGAGCUUAUUAAGGCAAAACAUUUUAUUCGAUUUACAGGCUAAAUCAUUAUUAAAACACUGUUUUUUAGAUUUUACUGGUGGACAGAUAUGUCCUUCAGCAGUCAAGCCUGCUACUUGUGGGGAACAUUUAUUGUGCAAGCAUUUUAAUAACAACUAAAAAAUUUUUUUUAUUUUUUAUUUUUUUGAGAGAAACAACAAUUUACAGCAAAUUUAAUAUUACAACAUUUAUAAGGGAAGGGUGUUUUGAAAAUGUAAUCAUGAUUGUCAACCAAAAGUACUGAAAUCUGGAAAUAUUUACUGCAUAGGUUACCUGAACUGUGUAAGGUUUGGUAGUGAAUUUAUGAUUGCAGCCGUGUUUCAGGGAAUAAGCAUAAAGGUGCUUUAGAAGGAAAUAAUCCCUUCUACUGAAUGUUAGUCAGCGUUGGCAAAUUAUGCAUAUAUAUUGGUGUGUUUUGUGAAAAUGUAUCAUUUAUACCCUAAAUGACCUAAGAUUUUCUCCUAGACUAAGUUUGCUCAUUUUUCCAGAUUCCGGGAUUUCUCUUGGUUUUAGAAAGGUGCUUCGAGAGGUGUCUGGAAAGUAGGAUGAUAUCCUGCUGGGAAAAUGUAAAUUUUACCACCAGAAGUAAUAUCUCAUGACAUUUAUUUGCCUCCAAAAAUGCUCUUUUGUGGUUGAAUUUUUAGGUCAUUUAGGGUAUGUAUGUUACACUGUAAUAAGAUGUGAUGCAGGGCAAAGAACACAGAAGCAUGAAUUACAUGUUAGAUGAAAGACCAUUAAAUGUUGUCCUGGAAAAUAGUUUGAUUUCUUUUUUUAGAAUAUUUUUUUGAGUAAAAUGCAUUUAAAAGUUUGGAUUCUACUGUGGACUUUCCUGACCAUAUUGGGACCAGUGAUAUCACUUAAGCUUUUUUGCCACUUUACGCACGUAGAUUGCUAGAUCUUAUUGUGCAAAAUGCAUCCUUAUUUGGAGCUAUGAAUGCAUUCAAGAAAUGAACCUUGAAACGAACUAUUUCAAGCCAAAAAUAUUGCUACAUUGAUACCCUCUGCCUCCCAAUGGAACAGCAUAAAAUCCUUUGUUUUGAUUGCAAUUUAGUCAGUAAAAAAAUUUUUAAAAAGUAAAUAAAACUGUUCUCCAGGACCGUGUUUAAUGGUCUUUCAUCAGCUGAAUUUUUUAUUUUAGUGUUUUCUUCACCUUUAAAUCUUGUGGUACUGCACAGCAACGUCAUGGUAGUACAUGUACCUCACCCCAGGUAAUCAUACGGUGGCUUACGUGUAAGCUGUUGCACACUUGUGUGUGGUUCACAGUGGCACGGUACUGAUCCACAGCCACAAGAAGGCUACUAUGCGAUUACUGCACAGUACCGUACAGUGCCACAAUGUUCAUGACUACAUUGUACCGUGCCAUCAUUGAUUGAGCAGAACCGCAUAGUUCAGAACUGCACAGUUCAGUACAAAGCUUUGCUGUGCAAAAUGCAAGGUGUCAUGAUUUCCCGCUGACUGUGCCCGGUUUCCUGCUUCAUGUACUAGUGUCAUGCAGGGGAAAUAUUCUUGAAUACCAUGUAUUAAGACCAUAUGAAACAAGUAAAUUAUUACCAAUUUGUUUUCACAGCAAAAGUGUUGAUAAAGUGCAUGAAUUUUAAUUAUGUACAGUGGAUAUGUUUGUUAAAAGUUAGCUCUCAAUAAGUACCGUAUUUUUAAUAGUUAUUUUAAGUUCAGUGAUUAAGUGUACAUGUACCUUUUGUUUUAAUUAAUUAAGUUUGAUAAAUAGGCUGGGCUGGUUUUAUUUUCAAUUUCUUUUUUUGUGGCGACUGUUAUAGUUUUUCCUAUUCAUACAACCUAAUUUUGUGAAUAAUUAGAGUACACCAUUUUAGGUAACUUUUAUACUUUUAUUGCAUCUGUUUUUCAUUGUUUUUUUUCUAUCUUAAAGCUGUAAUGUUUUUUCAGACUUGAUAUUAAAUGAUAUUAGGUCUGAGGUAAAUGUAUGUUUCAUGUAGAAAUUAAAAAGUUAAAUUAAAAAGAGACAAAAUCAGUCAUGAACAUGUGGGAAAACUAGGUCUAAGCAGAUUCAAUUUCAGUGAUGUUUAAAUUGAUUAAAAUAUAGUUUUCAGUAUUUACCAUUUGAAGAGUUUAUUUUCUAUGCUAAUAUAAGUCAAACCAUGUCACAUAAUAUGCUCUUAACUUUAUUACACUUUAUUUUCUACCCAUAUGUAUUUUUGAAUUAUUUUUUUUGUAAACCAUACAGCAUUAUUUAUGGAAGGGUUAUUUAUGUGUGUGUGAUACUUAAAGCCGUCAUGAAAUGUAAGUGUUAAUAUGGCAAUUCAUUUUUGAGACUGGUUUGACUAUCUUGUAUUUAAAAUGAGAGUUUGUGCAUUCUUACUGUCAACUUUCAACUCUGACCAUUUUAUUUUCCUGGUCUAAGCCUAGCAAGUCCACUUAAGCAGUUGGGCUGACUGCCGCCGAGAACUAGCAAAGCCUUACUUGUAAAGCCAUUUUGACUUCUAAACACAUGGACGGAAAAGUUUAUUUGUAAUCUCAUGGUAAUGUCUAUGCUAGAACAUACCAUAAACUAAACAGAGCUACAAAAAACAUUACAUUCUUAAAUGCUUUAAAUAUAAAGGGACCAAAGUAUAUUGGAUCAGUAUUUGUAAUAUUUUUCUUUGAUAUUUACCAUUUAAAUAUUGAAUGCGCCAGAUCAUCUCAAACUUUUUGAGCUAGAAUUUUCCUGACUUGUAUGUACGAAAUCAAGAGAACAUCAAAUGUGAAAUGUUUCCAGCAAGAAUUGGAAAAAGUAAGUUAAACGCUGAUUACAGAUCUGAAGUACUCCUAAUCAUUUUACCAUAUUGUACCAUUUAUUGCUUUGACUGAGAAAAUCAGUGGUGUUUUAUUAUUAUUAUUUUUUUCGUUAGAAACAUGCGAAUAUGAAUAAUGGAUGUAAGCUGCACAUAAUGACAUGUACCUCUAGUUUGAACAGUAUUUAUUGUGCCAGAAAAUACAUAUUGAGAGUACCUAUCCAGUUUAUUUGGGCUAGCUUUUAAUUGACUUUACAACAGCUGUGAUAUUUUACUGUCUCAUUGUUUCUGGGUUUUUUGGGGGGUUUUUUGUGCUCUUCUUAGCUUUUAAUUUACUCAGUAUUCAUGGCAAAUUUUCCCCGUCAGUAUUAGCUUCAGUAGUAUAGCAUCUGAACAGGUAUAAAAAAAGCAAAGCUAUGCCACAUUUAUUAUAGCAUGUAUUAUAGCCAGAUGUAAAUGUAGAAACAGCAUUUUUGCUUAUAUUUAUUUUAUUGGAGAGCUAGUCUAGGCCAUGUUUAGAAGACACUUGUUUUUCGAUCCCUAGAACACCCGAGGUGCUGGUUCAGUGCAAGCCUUGAGUAAUUUGUAAAAUUUCAAGCUCUGGGUCACCACUUGAGGAUUUUGAUGAAAGUAAGCUGUUGAAGGUCGACGCUCAUGUAGUUAUGUAGCGCAUCUAUAAACGUUCAUGGAAGAACCACAGAUAUUCCCACCAGUAUGGUGCGAAUAUCCCUGCACCACAUUUUGGUAAAGUUGUCACUGUGUAAUUUGCAGUUUGUAUUAUGUGGUUUUCUCCACAAUUAAACUUACCGCCUUAGUGUAAGUGAAGAUUGGUGAUGAUUAGUGUAUAGUUUAAAUGCUGUCAAGGUCAAGUCAAGGUCAGAUCUUAACUUUACACUUCAUGCAUAUGCCUAACAAGACACGAGUUUCAACACUAUUAUCUUCCAACUCAUACAUUUAUGAAUUUGAUUUGUCAGCUAGCUGAGGCUACCUCAACUGAAGCAAAUGAAAGCAUGUGCUACUUACAUCUUUAAAGAUAAUUGUUCUGCUAAACUUCAUGUAUGUGUUACUCGAAUGUUAUAGGAUUUACAUGUAUAGGGGCAAAUUGUAGAUCAAGAUUUGAAGUUUGUUACCUUCAUCCAGCUACAUCUUGGCUGCUUUUGGUCAUGAGUGGGCUGUUUUUUAUUUACCAUAUAUUGACUUACAUGUAUAUAAGCAUUGUUGCUAUAUUUCUUCGACCUGUUGAGCUCUCAAAAAGUUGUAAUAUUUUCCUAUUGAUGUCUUUUUAUGGUAUGCAAAAGCUACCAUACUGCUAAAAAUUCUUCACUUUUCAACUCUGGCGAUCUUUUGUACAGAAAAUUUCUUUGUUAAUCCUAUAAUAAAUCAAAUA